AUGGAGAGUUUUAUUAAUGAUGAACGUAUAGAGCCGCUUCCCGGGGGUGAGCGCCGGGGCACGUUUGGAGCUGACGCUGGACGUGACAGCAUGCAAACCGUCAGCGGCUCUUUGCUGAGCAGGCGGGCGAGAGCCGGGGGACCCGAAGAUACUACAGCCGACCAACGGGGCAGGGAGGGGACGGAUGAUGUUUUGCAGAGUAGGGCUUCGCCUACAAACUCUGCCGGGUCAUCUGCAUCGACCACAAAUAAAGCAGUAAGUGAUGACAGAAGACGCAAGUGGUCAACAGAAGAGCUUGAAGAACUCAUGUGCUGCUACUUCAAGGCUAGAUCAGGAGGAGCCGGGUACAUAAAUAGAUUAGAAGAACUUUUUGCAGCAAGAAACCCUGAAAAUCCAAAAAUCCUAAAAUUUUACGGAAACACUUUAGCCAACCAAGCUCGUAGAGUUAUCAAACAAAAUGUUAUUUCUCAAGAACUUCUCAACCGCAUACAAAAAAGAGCUGAAGGAAUAGUUACUACAGAAAACAUAGAUCAUUUUUCAACACCAAGCCACAUAGAACAUACUCACAUUCAAAGUGAGGAAUCGGGUAUAACUCAAAUACAAACACUACGUGACCCACCAUCUAAUAACACACAACCUACACCCACAGAAAGAGCUGAAGAAAUAGACCAGUUGACACGAAAUAUAGUAGUAGAUGAAAAUCAGGAACCAAUAGUUUUACAAUUCUUACAAACUUUAGCUGAAAUUAAAGACAUUCCCAUUGAAGAACGGUUAUUCCUACCUAAAGCUAAAAUAAACAAAAGUUUCAUCGAAAAUCUAAACACACUCAAUAAAUACCUACCUAAUCUACUAGUAACUAAUAAUAGUCUACGUGAAAUAAACGACAUAUUGUACGCAACUGCUAAAACAUUAAUAGUAAACAAUAAUCAAAAUCCGUAUGCACCUACAAUAGCCAUAAAACCAAAGCGUGAUCCACCUUGGAAAAAACGAAUACAAAUCAGAAUAGAAAAACUAAGAAAAGAGCUAGGACAACUAAUAGAGAUAGAAAGAGGAAUCAAUACAAAUAGAAUGAGGAAAAUCAGGGACAAAUUAUACACAAAACACAAUAUACGAAGUGAAAAUGAUCAUAAAAAUACAGCUGAAAUCAUCAAACAAAGAAUCAAAGCACUAGCAGGAAGAAUAAAAAGAUACGAAGAAAUGAAUACAAAAAAAGAACAGAAUAAAUUAUUUGCCGAAAACGAACAUAAACUAUACAGAAGCCUGGGAAGUAAUACCGCAAAAGAUAUAAAAAUACCGAGUAAAGAAAAUGUAGAAGAAUUCUGGAAAUCAAUCUUAUCAAACCCUCAACCAUACAACGCGGAAGCUAAUUGGAUUAAAAAAAUAGAAACAAUGUCAAACGAAGUAAAUACAGUAGAUUCAGUGGAGAUUACAGAAGACCAAGUAAGAUUUGCCUUACGUAGAAUGCACAAUUGGAAAUCACCGGGCCUAGAUCAAAUUCAAAAUUAUUACAUAAAAUAUCUGACCAACGUACACAAAUACUUGGCCUCAUUAUUUACAAACAUAGUCUCAGGAACAGAGCCAGUAGAAGAGUGGUUCACGACAGGUAAAGUUAUACUGGUACCUAAGAAUGAAAACACCGAGGACCCGAAAAACUGGAGACCUAUAGCGUGCUUACCAAGUAUGUACAAACUUCUUACUUCUGUAUUAGCCAACGUUCUAUAUAACCAUUGCCACAAGAAUAACAUCAUUUCAGAAGAACAAAGGGGAUGCCGCCGUGGAGUCAGGGGUUGUAAAGAUCACCUAAUGGUCAAUAAAGCUAUAUUAGAGGAUGCACACCAAUCCCAAAAGAAUCUUAGUAUGGCGUGGAUAGACUAUCGAAAGGCUUUUGAUAGUGUUUCACACGAAUGGCUUCUCAAGCUGCUUGAUGUCUAUAGAUGUCCUCCUGUGAUUAAGAGAUUUCUUAUUUUAGCCAUGCCAUCCUGGCGAGUAAUCAGCGAGCCACGGGCUGUCAAGCCCGUGGCUCGCACGAGUCAAUAA